CCGCCAUAAAGGGGCCUCGCGGGGCCCUGGCCGUGGCCGCCGCGCUCAGCUCCCGCGCCCGACCCCGCCAUGGCCCCCCGGCCCCUCCUGCUGCUGCUGCUGCUCCUCGGGGGCUCCGCCGCGCGCCCCGCGCCCCCCAGGGCCCGGCGACACUCGGACGGGACGUUCACCAGCGAGCUCAGCCGCCUGCGGGAGGGCGCGCGGCUCCAGCGGCUGCUGCAGGGCCUGGUGGGGAAGCGCAGCGAGCAGGACGCAGAGAACAGCACGGCCUGGUCCAGGCUCGGCGCGGGUCUGCUCUGCCCGUCCGGGUCCGACACGCCCACCCUGCAGGCCUGGAUGCCCCUGGGCGGGGCCUGGUCUCCCUGGCUGCCCCCUGGGCCCCGGCCUGGGGUUAUGGUUUCAGAACCUGCCGGUGCUGCUGGAGAAGGAACCCUGAGAGCGAGAUGAGGAAGGAACCCCCUCACCACCUGCCCAGCCUAGGAGCGGAGCUGCAUCUGGGGCGGUGGGCAGGCUGGGGGGAGAGGGGGAGGGGUGGUACUCGGCACCAAUAAAGGAGAAAUCAGACCCAGA